ACGCUACGUCACACAGUUCGCCAUUCUCUCCCCCUCCCCCAAGCCUCUCGUACCGCUUCUCAGCCUCCAAAACCAGCUUGGCACAGUCCUUACUUAGUUACUAGUAUUUCUACGCCCACACUAGCCCUGCGGAACAGCCUGGGCAUACUGGAGGAGGCUGUGGUGGGCUGCUGUAACUCGUAGAAGAUUAUCAUAGUCUGAAACACUGUGCCGCACCUCCCCUACAUUGUAAGACCUCUAGUUGAAGUUACACGUGUUUCAUAAGAGUAUUUUUGCAAUUCUAGUGAUAGAUUGAUAAGUUUUCUACAUCAUCAGCUGGAGGAACACUCUUGAAACCCACGCUGAUGAUCGCCGUGGCCUUGGAAAAAUAGUCGAGGUGAGAAAAAAGGAGCAAAAUGUUUCAGAAUACGAAAAUAAGACGAACUACUGACGCUGAGAUGGACUAAAGUGGUUCUACGUAACAACUAAAGGAUUAAUCAUGAUAAGAAGCAAGAAGAGACCAGUAACAUUGUUGAGGGGUCGCCGCCCAGCUGGCGGGUGUAAACAACAACAAUGUCCGGGGGAGAAUAUCCGUUUUUGCGAGCCAGACACGUCAAGUACUUUAGGAGAUGCCUUCAGGUGCUGCCUUUCACCUCUGUGACCUUUGAUACGAGCAGAAUGGCUGUGCUUUACUUUGCUCUCUCUGGGUUGGACCUGCUGGAUGGCUUGUCAGAGCUAGAUAUAAAGGAGAGACAGCAUAUAAUUAACUGGAUUUACUCCCUUCAGAUACUUCCAGGGAAUGACAGAGGCAUCCUUGUGCCAGAUGAGCAGGCGUGUGCUGGCUUCAGGGGUGGCACAACCUUGGCCAGCUGUCGGGGGAAGAGUUCCUGUGAUGCUGUGUCCCAGCUGGACUGCGGCCACAUCACCAUGACUUACACAGCCCUGGCUUCCCUCAUUAUCUUGGGUGAUGACCUGAGUCGAGUGGAGAGGCCGGCAGUGAUGGCCCAUGUGGCUGCCCUCCAAUGCCCAGAUGGAAGUUUCUUCUCAACAAGAGGCGGCAGCGAGAACGACAUGCGUUUCAUGUACUGUGCUGCCGCAAUCUGCUACAUCCUGCAGGACUUCUCCGCCAUCAAUACCACCAGUGCCACCAAGUACAUUCUCAACAGUAUGAGUUAUGAGGGUGCCAUGGGCCAAGGCACUCACCUUGAGGCACACGGGGGCAGCAGUUACUGUGCCAUUGCCACACUCCACCUCCUGGGCAAGCUGGACUCCUCUUUGUCCAGAACUCAGCGUGAACGGUUGGUUCGGUGGCUGGUAGGGAGGCAGAGUGGAGGCGGCCUACAGGGAAGACCAAAUAAGCCUCCAGAUACCUGCUAUGCCUUCUGGAUUGGUGCCACCCUACAGAUACUUGGGGCUUUGGAUUACCUGGACACAACUGCCUUAAGACAGUUUGUUUUGUCCACUCAAGAUCCCAUAACAGGAGGACUGGCCAAGUACCCUAACUCAAAUCCUGAUGGUCUACACACAUACCUUGGCAUCAGUGGACUGUCUCUACUAAGGAAAGAUGACCUGAAGCCUGUGGAUCCUGCACUAAACAUUAGCCAGCAAGCACUCUCUCAUCUCCAUCAGCUACAUAAAAACAUUUCCAAGAAUCCCACUGUACCCUGUUGAUGACUGUCUGCUAUAACUGACCAUCUCCCUCUUUCGCUUCCUGUCGCCUGUCUGUUGUACAACUAUAGCCUGUUCAAGCACACAUUACUUGAAUUAGCUGCAUUGCCCCAGCAGGACUUGUGCAUACUCGACAUUUCCUGCUGCUCUUCUUGGCCCAAUUUUUUAAAACGUGGGAUUAGUAGUUACUAAUGCUAAUUUUGCAAAACAGUGUCCAUCAUCAUCAGGAAGAUUAAGGUGUUUAUAAAUGCACAAGAGUUGCUUCAGUUAUCGACUUAUGCAUAGCACAAGAGUUGAUAUUUUGUUCUAACAUCCCUUUGUUUCUUUCCCUGUUAGAACCCAAGUUUAAAAAGUUAUGUGGAAGCUUUGUUGUUGGGAUCUAACAGUUUAAAAACUUGGGCCUUUACCUGUCAGCUGCUUUGUGUCACAAAGCUUGGUGCUGCUAAUAAGAGUCUGUGUGUAGUCAUGGAAGGGAUGGUGAUGCCAGCCAGUGCCACUAUUGUUGAUUGGGUUACUAUGGGUUCAUUUGAAGGUCCAUGUUCCCUUGUUCCCUCAGUAACACUGUUGGAUAAGGCUCAUAUUGUUAGACCUGCCCCACUGAUUUUUGUCAUUGCUUAUUGACUAAUGUAUAAAAAUAAGGAAACCAUCUUCCAACUAAACAAAAAAUUCCAUAUUGAAGAGUUGUCCUGCCGCAGCAACAUACAGGGAUUUCUCAGAUUAUGCGAGGGAUACGUUCAUGAAGGGAUCACAUGAUGUAAAAAUUGCAUAAAGUGAACAUGAUGACUAAAUGUAACUGUACACUAUUAGAUGUUCCAGUGUGUGUGUGUGUGUGUGUGUGUGUGUGUGUGUGUGUGUGUGUGUGUGAUCCUUGUUCAUCCGGACCUCAUUAAUGUGGAUUUUGGUUUACCCAGACAGUGUCCGAAUAAUAACGAGUCCUGACUGCAGACAAAUAAAUUCAAACAAUGCACGCCUCACACUGCCAGAAAUGCCCACCAGGCGGUUGUAAAUAAAUCUGGCAGAUGCUCAUAAACGUGUCUUAUCCAGUAUCAGUGAAUAUAGUUUUGUGCAUUUUUUCAGGAUGAAUAGAUACCUUAAAACACUUAUCAUGCCUCCGAAAUUUAUUAAGCAUGAGUGGCUCUAACUGUGUCUCAAAAGCUAUUGUUAUGAGUGUUUGUGAGGAGUAUGUUGUGACCUAGCAAACUGUUUCAAACAUUAGAAAGCCAAAAGAUAAGCUGGUAGAAUAAUCUGCCAAGUACUGUGUGGAUGCAUCGGCAACCAAAAGUGUUACGAAAAGGUGUUGGUUGUGAAGUGAUAUGUGUAGCAGCGAUUGAUGACACAGAAAUCCUUGCAGCAGCUAGGAAGCUGGCACAGAAAUUGGAAAUAAAAAUUUUCAUGGGGAAUGAUGGGUAGCUGGCAAUUGUGCAAUCGACAUGACUUUUCAGUGCGACUGUGAAGCUGGUGAUGCAGACACUGUCAGCAUCAAACCUUUUUGGUCAUUUUUUGGACAUCAGUCCAUUAUACACCAAGUGUAUAAUGGUGUGAUGAGAUGGGUUUCUUUUGGCUUUUGUGUACUUCUCAGCUGGAAUAAACAAAGGAUUAUCAUUGCUAUAGUAACAGCAUCUAAAUAACAGCAAGACAGCUUAUGCUGACAUUCCUGACGACUUUGGCCUCACUAGGUAUCCUGAGGGUGAGGUGCCUCCACAGGCUGCAAUCAGCUGUGAUAUUAAAUAUGGCAGUCCCAAACAUCUUGCAGAAUCCCAUAACUCUCGAGACUUGCCAGGAGUUUGAAGUAGUGUGUGAAGGGACAGCAUGUUAGUGGUAUACAUGGGAAUCACUUGGUGGCUGCAUCACAGAACCAAACCUGAUGUUCAACUUGAUAUUCUUGGCAUAGUUUUAUUCUAAAUAAUCUGCAAUAUGAAAAAAUUACUAGGUUUUUUUUUACCUUGUUACUCCAAAACUGCAUAUUCUAAAUACAUAAAUUGAGAAGUCACCACUACAGUACCAUGACAAACCUCAUUCCUUAGGUUCCAACUCUUAGCUACCUUCCACAGCACUACCACCACUGAUACAUAACUGUAUACCUACAUGGUUACUAUUAACUCGAAGAUUGACUGCAUGUCAUUUAGUGGAAGGCUACUGGGAGUGAUCACAAUAUAGUCAUGGAGGACAGCUCUAAAAUAUGUAUACAGAAUUUAUUACGGGAUGAAAAAAAAAAAAAAUUCAUUUGCCAAAAAUGUUGACAAAAAUAGGUCUAAAAUGAGUCUAGUACAACAGUUUUGUUUAUUCCUCACAAGCAAGGGAACACAAUCUCAGUAAUUAAUGAUAAUAGCUCAGUGUAGACAUGGAAGUGGCUAGUCAAAUGUUAACUUACAAAUCCUGCUUGGUUUGUGCAGCUUGCUCAAAUUAGGUCCGUCUAUAAUAGAGGCAUGGUUUACAUUGACAGGGCAUUGUUUGAACUCAAAGAUUUAAUUUAAAAAUAAGCUAGACAAAUGUUAUAUAUAUAUAUAUAUAUGUUAUACAGCACAUCCAUAUAAUCCUGAAAUGUUGUUUGUAAAUAUUCAUUAAAAGAUGCAUAUAUUACAUGAAGUGAA